AUGACGUGUUAUACACUGAAGCGUCCGGUUCUGCCAAGCAUUGGCGCCCAUCGACUGGAAAAUCUGCAAAGGGCGUUUUCGACCAAGCCUGAGCCGGAAACGCCGGCCAGUAAGAUGAGCAAACGAGAGCUACGACACCAAGAUAAGCAGGAAAUGCUAAGCCAGGCCCAGGGCCGCCUGGGCCGCCUUGCUGCAAGAUUCAAGUGGCUGAUGAUCAGAGCCCAGCGACCCUUCAACACGGACGAUUUGAGCGCCAUGUUCAGUUGGAUUAUCUGGGGCCACAUUCUCUGGAUUGUGCUGGGCACCACCACGUUUUUGUCGCUGCUUAUUUGGUUCAUGUCCAAGUUCAACUUGGAAGAGCAUCUCGCGACGUUUGUGGGCAAUAUUGUCACCAAAGAAACAGGAAUGCGAGUCAUUUUUGAAGAGGCAAUGGUGCCAGACUGGAAAAAGGGAUCGAUUGUGUUCCGCAAAGUCUUUGUUUCGCGAAGACCUGGGCCGCCCACGAAAAAAGUCAGGGUGGGCUCACAAUCCGUUGCAGCCGCCGCGGCCAAAGUAGAGCACCGCACAGAAACUGAGGCUGAUGACGAUGGCAACUACACUCAAUUUGACCUCACGAUUGAUUCUGUCGCGGUUACUCUUUCCGUUGGGCACUGGUUCUCCGGCCAAGGAAUUUUGCAAACGGUAGAUCUCAAAGGCAUGCGGGGUGUAGUAGAUCGUCGACACCUCAAGUGGGAUCCAGACUGGGAUCCGACAAAAAACGUUAAUGUACCCAAAAGAGGCGACUUUGUGGUUAACAGUUUCAAGAUGGAAGAUGUUUUGGUUACCGUCAUGCAACCGAAUGGAGGUGGCCAGUUCGACGUUGGAGUCUACUCGUGCGACUUGCCCAGGCUGCGAAAGCAGUGGCUGUUGUACGAUUUUCUGAAUGCGAACAACAUGUCUGGUUCUUACGACAACUCGCUGUUUACACUGCAUCCACGCCAAUUGGCUAACCAGUUUGAUGCCACGGAAAACAACAGCUACCAGCGGAUCCAAAGACUGCGAAUUGACAACGUUGACGUGAGGCAUUUGAAUCGCGGCGUGGAGGGAAUGUUUGGCUGGAUUGAAUCAGGCACAGUCGACUUUUUGGCGGAUCUCAUGCUACCCUCAGCAGACGCUCCGGUCAUGUCGCUAAAAGAAAAAGUUCUUGACUUGCUCGAGCGCUGGCAGGCUGUGUUCAGACGUCAAAAGCCCUCCGAAAUUGUCACGCAGAUUGAUGAAAAGCUCGAGGCUGAGCAGUCCCAGAAGCGGGUGCUCAUAGAUCUCCGAGUCCAGUUCAACAACACGCGGGCCCAGGUGCCACUCUACAGCGCUGAUCUGAAUCCUUUCAACAACGCACUGAUGCAUCCAAUCAUUGGCUACAUCAAUUCCCGCGACACCUAUAUCCCGAUCCACUGUCGAGUUGUGAAAAAGUUGUCAGAUUUUGACGGCAGCUGGACUGUCUACGACAGCCGACUGAUGGACGAUACAAGCGACAGCCUUUAUGAAGCAUUUGCCCUCAACGUGUCGGACCACGAAGCGCGAAACCGUCGAAUUCGCAAAGUUGGGUUCUGGUCCAUGCAAUUUCUUGCCCAACUUGUGCUGUUGACGCUAGGCAUUGUUGCGUAG